AUGACUCAAGUUGUCAAAUACGUUCUGCUAUGUCUAUCUCUGUUUGGAAUUUGGGCCAUGUGGAUAGUACCUCUACUUUGUGGCUCUCUUUGGUUGCUGAUCUAUGAGUCCCAGCGCAAGGAGUUCGUAGGAGCCAACUAUUCCGGCAUCUCACUUCUGGACAAGGCGUUGUCACCUUUCUUGCUAGCAUAUACUUUGACCAGUGAUACUGGAGUUGCUGUUGAGAACUUGCACAUGGCUGGGUUUCUUGGAAGCAUGGCAGGAAUCUGGAUGAUGAGCGCAAUCGAGAACAAUCGAACAAAGUCGCGGGACGAAGUUGCAAAGGGUCAGACCACUUCAACAGAGCAGAGACAGCCCUAA